CGCGUGGAGACAGAGCUCUCCUCAGGGAAGGAGGCACUGUCCUAAUAGCAUCCAGUGCUCUUCACCCCGGCCCUCCCAGCGCUUUGCAAAGGAGGACAGCGCCAUCAUUCCCCACUUCAUAGAUGGGGAAACUGAGGCACGGAGCCGGGAAGGUGACUUGGCCAUGGCCACCCGGCAGCCCACUGGCAGAGCUGGGGACAGAACCGAGAUCUCCCGUGUCCCAGUUUGCUGUUGUAGGCACCAGGCUAGGCUGCCUCACUGUAACACGCAUCGCCGGAGAGACGUUUUAACUUUCUCUGUUAAAGUCAACAUCCAGGAAGGGGGACUCUCACCCCAAUGUAGUGAAAACUGGCAGCACGUGUUGCCUAGUGGUUAGAGCACUCGACUGCUCAGGGAUCUUGGGCAAGUAACUUUGCUUUUGUGCCUCAGUUUCCCCAUUUGUGACAUGGGGGUAAUGUUACUGACAUUCUUUAUAAAGGGCUUUGAGCACUAUGGAUGAAAAGUACACUAUCAGAACUAGAUACUACAGUUAUAAAUAAGUUAAGUAAUGCUUAUUGCAGUUACCAGGUGAAAGCAGUGACUUGUAUUUGCCAUCCAGUAGGUAGCAGUCUUCUUGGCAUAUGUGCAACUCUAAGGCAUGUGACUAGGAUUUAUCACUGAAUUUGAAGGAGUAAGACUAGAUUUUUUUUUUUAAAUUGUCUCUGUACAGCGAGUGUAGGCAAAGUUUAAUUUUCCUUUGUAAGUGAUCAUGGGUUCUUUACAUACAAACAUCAUGUGAUUCAGGGCAUAGAGCUUAGUAUUCUCCUCCAUAAAAACUCAAGAAUGUCCUUUAGUUUGUAUUCGUCAUAAGACUUUCUUCUGUAUGUCAGCCAUGAGAGGUCAAGGGGCACGUGCAUGCUAGCAGUAGGAAAUUAUGGAAGGUUAUGAAUGCUCCUAACAGAAGAAAGAAAACUGUUUGUUUAACCAUCUGUAAAUACUGCUUCAGGGAAUGAAAUCCCUCAAGCUAUUUACCAGAAAAUCUGGGAGACUAAAAAUGCUGUUGACAGAACAUUUUUGCAAAAAUCAAGUCCCACGUAUGUGCCUGUGUAUCUCCUCCUACCUUUGUAGCAAGAAGAAAAAAGAGAAUGGUUAUGAACAAGUUGACCAAGAAAGAUACAUGAACUUGGUCCGUUCUGUCACAUCUUCCAAAGCCAGCCCCCCGACACCAGAAACAUUGUUUGAAGAAGAUAAUCUGAUAUACGGACCAGUGAGUAAGUUUAAGCCUCCAGUUAAGGAUGUUGAAGCAAAAAUUCCAAAAAACUGGGUCCCUCUGAUAAACUCCAAUAAGAGAGCUUUGCCUCCAAACAGUGAUGGAAAGCACCUGCUGAAAAUCAGUUUACAAAAGCACAAGGUGCCCAGUGUGACGAGUGUUCUUCAGCAGACCAUGCCUUUGGACCAGGCAUUCUAUCUGAAGAGGUGGAAGCAGCGGAUGAUUCUGGAACUUGGAAAAGAUGGUUUUGCAGAAUAUACUAAAAAAAUCUUCUUUCAAGGAAAAUUAUUCCAUGCAGCUUUGGAAUCUGUCUUUUUGUCUGAAGAGGUCCCGUUGAAGGAGCAGGAAAAAGAUACCACUGUCUCUGGUUACUUAGCCAGUGUACAGCAUGUUCUGAGAGACAUCAGUGGAGUAAAAGCUCUUGAAAGUGCAGUUCAUCAUGAAACUCUUCACUAUUCAGGCCUUGUAGAUUGUGUGGCUGAGUAUCGAGGCCAGUUGUGUGUGAUUGACUGGAAGACUUCAGAGAAAUCAAAGCCAUAUCUCCGGAACACAUUUGACAACCCACUACAGGUUGCAGCAUAUACCGGAGCCAUAAACCAUGAUGCUAAUUAUGACUUCCAGGUUAAUUGUGGACUUAUUGUGGUUUCUUAUAAAGAUGGUUCCCCUGCACAUCCACAUUUCAUGGACUCAGAUCUGUGCUCUCAGUAUUGGAACAAAUGGCUCCUGCGCCUUGAAGAAUACACAGAGAAGGAAAAAAAACAAUUGAAUUGAGACAAGUUAGAGGGGUAUUAUCUGAGCACAGAAGUGAAGCAGGAAGUCCUGAGUUUUAAUCUAGUCUCCAAUACUGACCCUUUUUGACCUUGGGCAAAUCACUUCAUAUCUCUGCCUCAGUGUCCCAUUUGAAAAUUGGGUCUAAUACUUGCCUACUUCAUAGGGGUACAAAGAGGAUUUAAUGAGCCAACUUAAAUUGAGCUGAUAUUUACAUUUUGCAGCAAGCUUUUAUAAAACCUGAAAUCAAUAGAAAUGUUCCCACAAUUAAAGGAAAAAAAUCCAGUUAAGUUUGUGUAAGCAAACUAUCACACUCUUGCAGUGUUUGAAACCUAACCCUUGCUGAACUGAGAACAUGAAAGUGAAAUUGACUCUGAACCAAAGCAAAACUUGCAUUGUCAGAGCUGAGUGAAAUGCAAACAAUAAAAAGCAUAGGUAGUGACAAGUAGACUGAAUUGUAAACAUUUCAGCUCUUGCUAAUCUCUCAUCUGUUUACAACAUAUGAUUUUUAUGUUGACUGUAUCCCUUUGAAGGCAGAAAAACUACAAGUGCUAAGAAUUCUAAUUAAACCUUCAUUAAGCAAUCACUCAGGAUGUUAAGACAAGUUGGUUGCUUUAGCAGACGUGGCCCACAAAAGAGGAGCAGUCUUGCAUAGCUGAAGACUACCCCUAAGAACCCCCUAAAACAAGAGGUUGCUCUAACAAGAGGGAGCUCUCCUAUAAGUUUCUCUGCCUUCAUACAAAGCUGUGUCUCUUACGUAGAGCAAAGUGAGAAUGAAACUAAGGCUUUGUAUCUUAGCCCCCAAUUGGGCAAUGAGUCCCAUGCAAAGACUCUUGUGCCAACACAGCCCCACUGAUUUCACUGGGGUGUUUCAUAGACGAAGGGGGCUCACCCAUGCAGAACUAAUUGCAGGAUCAGAACCUUGGGAGGGGGGGCGGGAGAGAGAUAUAUAGUGAUGCCCGAAUAUUUUUCAGAAACCUUAGUCUGUGAUUUUGAAAUUUAAGAACUGACUAUUUUAAGAACUGAAAGCUGCUGCUAGUUCUAAAAUAAAUAAGUAAAAACAGCAACCAUGUCCCUCAUGGACUAGAAAGGUAUCUUGCUUUCUGUUAAUAUGUUAAGUUGACCAAAUACGUUUAUUAAUUAAUAAUUAGUCCUAAAAUACAGGAGUCACUUUUGAGACUCAUUUCAUAAAAACGAGUUUGUAAGAAGGGAUAGUAACAAGAUAGUGUUGUAAAUGUUGAAUAAACAUUGAGGGGUGGUUCUUA